UCGGAACAUCCAAGACGAAGAAAUAUCUGUGGUUAAAAUAUGCUUGUUGAGUUGGUGCGCAUUUUAUAUAUAUAAAUGCUUUUCACACAAACGUCUCGAUAUGUGGAAUAAUGUCAUAUUAUUUCAAUACGGAAGUCUGAGCCAUUUGUGGACAGCAAUUAAAGAACACAGCACUACAAAGGAUUUCUAACGUAUUGUGAACAAAGAAAAGCCCUAUAGAGAAGCACAUUAAAGACAUCUAGCUUGUUCAACGACAAUCUUCUUCAGCAACCAUUGACUAGAAUUGCAAAUUUCAAAAAAAUUACUGUAUGCCAAAUAGGAAAUGGCUGGGAUAAACAUUGUAUUAGGAGAUUAUUAUUUGUCAAAGGCGAAAAUUAGGGAGGCAAUUGAAUACUAUGAAAAAUCAUUAGAAAUUCCAGUCCAAAUAGGAAAGAAAAGAAACAAAACACGUGCAUACCUUGGGUUAGGACAUGCUUAUAGAUUAAACAAGCAGUUUCAAAGGGCAAUUGAGUACUAUGAAAAAUUGUUGAAAAUUGCACAGGAACGAGAAGAUAGAGAGAAUGAAACACUUGCAUAUCUUGGCUUAGGACGUGCUUAUAGAUUGAGCAAUCAGAUUCAAACGGCAAUUGAGUACUACGAAAAAUCAUUGAAAAUUGCACAGGAACGAGAAGAUAGAGAUAAUGAAACACGUGCAUAUCUUGGGUUAGGACAUGCUUAUAGAUUGAAGAAUCAGAUUCAAACGGCAAUUGAGUACUUUGAAAAAUCAUUGAAAAUUGCACAGGAACGAGAAAAUAGACAGAAUGAAACAAAUGCAUAUGUUGGCUUAGGGCAUGCUUAUAUAUCUAAUAAUAAAAUGCAAAUGGCAAUGGAGUACUUCGAAAAAUCUUUGAAAAUUGCACAGGAACGAGAAGAUAGACAGAAUGAAACAUUUGAAUAUCUUGGGUUAGGUCAUGCUUAUAGAUUUAACCAUCAGAUUCAAACGGCAAUUGAGUACUACGAAAAAUCAUUGAAAAUUGCACAGAAACGAGAAAGUAGACAGGGCGAAACAGUUGCAUAUCAUGCGUUGGGAUGUGCUUAUAUAUCUAAGAAUAAAAUGCAAAUGGCAAUUGAGUACUUCGAAAAAUCAUUGAAAAUUGCACAGGAAACAGAAGAUAGAGAGUAUGAAACACUUGCAUAUCUUGGGUUAGGACAUACUUAUAGAUUGGAAAAUCGGAUUCGAACGGCAAUUGAGUACUACGAAAAAUCAUUGAAAAUUGCACAGGAACGAGAAGAUACAGAGGGCGAAACACUUGCAUAUCUUGGGUUAGGACAUGCUUAUAGAUUGAACAAUCAGAUACAAACGGCAAUUGAGUACUACGAAAAAUCAUUGAAAAUUGCACAGGAACGAGAAGAUAGAGAUAAUGAAACACUUGCAUAUCUUGGCUUAGGACAUGCUUAUAGAUUGAACAAUCAGAUUCAAACGGCAAUUGAGUACUACGAAAAAUCAUUGAAAAUUGCACAGGAACGAGAAUAUACAGAGGGCGAAACAUUUGCAUAUCUUGGGUUAGGAGAUGCUUAUAGAUUUAACAAUCAGAUUCAAACGACAAUUGAGUACUACGAAAAAUCAUUGAAAAUUGCACAGGGACGAGAAGAUACAGAGGGCGAAACACUUGCGUAUCUUAGGUUAGGACAUGCUUAUAGAUUGAACAAUCAGAUUCGAACGGCAAUUGAGUACUACGAAAAAUCAUUGAAAAUUGCACAGGAACGAGAGAAUAGAGAGAAUGAAACACUUGCAUAUCUUGGCUUAGGAUAUGCUUAUAGAUUGAACAAUCAGAUUCAAACGGCAAUUGAGUACUACGAAAAAUCAUUGAAAAUUGCACAGGAACGAGAACAUGCUUAUAGAUUGAACAAUCAGAUUCGAACGGCAAUUGAGUACUACGAAAAAUCAUUGAAAAUUGCACAGGAACGAGAAGAUAGAGAGAAUGAAACACUUGCAUAUCUUGGCUUAGGACAUGCUUAUAGAUUGAACAAUCAGAUUCAAACGGCAAUUGAGUACUACGAAAAAUCAUUGAAAAUUGCGAAGGAAAAAGAAGAUAGAGAGAAUGAAACACGUGCAUAUCUUGGGUUAGGACAUGCUUACAGAUUUAACAAUCAGAUUCGAACGGCAAUUGAGUACUACGAAAAAUCAUUGAAAAUUGCACAGGAAAGAGAAGAUAGAGAGAAUGAAACACGUGCAUAUCUUGGGUUAGGACAUGCUUAUAGAUUGAACAAUCAGAUUCGAACGGCAAAUGAGUACUACGAAAAAUCAUUGAAAAUUGCACAGGAAAGAGAAGAUAGAGAGAAUGAAACACGUGCAUAUCUUGGGUUAGGACAUGCUUAUAGAUUGAACAAUCAGAUUCGAACGGCAAUUGAGUACUACGAAAAAUCAUUGAAAAUUGCACAGGAACGAGAAGAUAGAGAGAAUGAAACACUUGCAUAUCUUGGCUUAGGACAUGCUUAUAGAUUGAACAAUCAGAUUCAAACGGCAAUUGAGUACUACGAAAAAUCAUUGAAAAUUGCACAGGAACGAGAAGAUACAGAGGGCGAAACACUUGCAUAUCUUGGGUUAGGAGAUGCUUAUAGAUUUAACAAUCAGAUUCAAACGGCAAUUGAGUACUACGAAAAAUCAUUGAAAAUUGCACAGGAACGAGAAGAUAGAGAGAAUGAAACACGUGCAUAUCUAGGAUUAGGACAUGCUUAUAGAUUGAACAAUCAGAUUCAAAGGGCAAUUGAAUACUACGAAAAAUCGUUGAAAAUUGCACAGGAACGAGAAGAUAGAGAGAAUGAAACAAGUGCAUAUCAUGGGUUAGGAUAUGCUUAUAGAUUGAAAAAUCGGUUUCAAACGGCAAUUGAAUACUACGAAAAAUCAUUGAAUUUUGCCCAGGAACGAGAAGAUACACAGGUUGAAACAAGUUCAUAUCUUGGGUUAGGAGUUGCUUAUAGAUUGAAAAAUCAGUUUGAAACGGCAAUUAAAUACUAUGAAAAAUCAUUAAAAAUUACGCAGGAACAAGAAGACAGAGAGAAUGAAACACGUGCAUACCUUGGGUUAGGAAUUGUUUAUAUAUCGAAAAAUCAGUUUCAAGCAGCAAUUAAGUACUACGAAAAAUCAUUGAAAAUUGCACAGGAACGAGAAGAUAGAGAGAAUGAAACACGUGCAUACCUUGGGUUAGGACAUGCUUUUAGAUUCAACAAUCAGUUUCAAGCAGCAAUUGAAUGCUACGAAAAAUCAUUGAAAAUUGCACAGGAACGUGAAGAUAGAGAGAGUGAAACACUUACAUACCUUGAGUUAGGAUAUACUUAUAGAUUGAACAAACAGAUUCAAAGGGCAAUUGAGAACUAUGAAAAAACAUUGAAAAUUGCACAGGAACGAGAAGACAGAAAGAAUGAAACACGAGCAUAUCUUGGGUUGGGACAUGCUUAUAGAUUGGACAAUCAGUUUGAAACGGCCGUCGUGUACUACGAAAAAUCCCUCGAAAAUGCAAAGCAGUUUGGAUAUAGAGAGUAUGCAAUACGUGCAUAUUUUAGUUUAGGAGAUAUUUAUGUUUUAAUUAAUCAUAUUGAAGGUGCGAUUGAAUGCUAUGAGAAGAUUACAACUGAAAAAGGGCGCACGUAUCUUGCUAAAUUUUCAAAAAACGUAGCUGAGGAAUUGUCAUUUGCAGAUUCGUUUACAGAGGAAUUGAAUUCAAAGUCAUCUCAACAGACUCAGCUUGUGUCAGGUGACCCCGAGGACCAGGGAUACGAGCGAGCUUUACGUCUGAAAAGAUUAGGAAAAUGUUAUGUUAAUCUUGGAAGAUUGAGAGAGGGCUUGGAAUGCUUUCAGAAAGCUCUAAAAAUUGUUUCUGGUCGUGGUGAGGAAGCUUUAGAGGGAAUUCUAAAUGAAUGGUGUGGAUAUUGCUGUCGUUUCCUGGAAGGCUGUGAAAAAGAGGCAAAAAUGUUUUACGAGAAGGUAAAAGAAAUCGCAAAAAGCGCUGGAGAAAAGAAUCAAGAAUAUCGUUCAAACGAAGCAAUUGGACAUAUAUCAUGCAAAACUGGGAACUAUAAUCAAGCGAAGGAAUAUUACAACGAAGCGAUCAAGGUUGCUACAGAACUUGACGAUAAACAUCGCGAAGGAUUAUCUUGUCUAAGCUUUGCGGGUGUAUGUUGUAAAGCUGGUGAGGAUGAGAAGGCAGUUCAAUUCUAUGAGAGGGCGGGACAUAUUUUUGAUUCAGAACAUAAAGAUCACAUCCAGCAAAAGAAAGCCCUUGUUGGUUUGGCUGUUUCUUGGUUCAAUCUUGGGAACACUAGAAAAGCGAUGGAAUCAAUUGAAAAAGCUCGAGAACUUGCAAGCCACGUAGAAGUGGAAGCAGAUUCACCAGCAAAAGAAACGAUUUCAAAAGAAACCGAACCAUUUCAAGCAGCAAAUUCUGUUCCAGAAUGGGUAAACUUGGUAACGGAGGAAAUAUGCAACCCAACCAGGACAGAAAGACUGCAGACUGAUGACCUGGUUUGUCUUGAGAGAUACAUGAAAGAAUUUUCUGCUACAUACGUGUAUACUCAUCAGGCGUCGAGAAAGGAACCUCUAACAGAGAAAAUUCGUAAGUCAAUGACAGAGAAUGUCAAGUCGGCAGCUUACAAUAAUUUGUUAGAUCAAAAUAAUCGUACAAAUGACGGGAAAUUUGUCGAUGCGAAUGAAGAAAUUGUAAACUUCGCGAGGAAUGAUGUCUACAAGAAUGUCUCAACUAAAAUGCCUGCAAGACUUCUCGCUUCUUUGGCAACUUAUGUUAAAUCCAUCGCUCGCAUUUCGUGCGGAAAUGCUGUGGGAACGUGUUGGCUUGUUUCGAACAGGCUUGUUAUAACUAACUUUCAUGUUUAUAUGCAAUUCAAUAGUGAAAGAUUGAUUUCUCAACCGAGUAAGGAACAAAAAGCUGCUCAAAAUAAAGUAACAGAAAACACUCAAGGCAUGGCAACAGAAGACACGCACACCAAAGGUAUGGAAAUAGAGGAUUCACAGAAUGGUCAAUUGCCAAUAAACGUUUUAUUUGAUUUCCUCCAUCCAAACGAAGAACAAAAUAGUGUGAUGGUGGAAGUUGAUGAAGAACAUGAUCCUAUGCUCGAGAACCCGCACUUAGAUUAUAAAUUCUUUCGUUUGAAAGAACACCAAGUUCUCAGUGAUCGUCUUUUUCUUGGUCCCAUUGUCCGUAGUUACCCAUUACAAGAGGGGCGAGUUAUCAUCAUUGGUCAUCCGGGCGGUAAGGAAAUGCAGGAAGAAGCAUGCGUCGUUGUUAGCGAUCAUUCUUGGCGUGAAAAACUUAAUGUAAGGCAUGGUGUUCAAACUGGUGUACACAUGACCAACACAGAACUGCUUAAAGCAACUAAACGAUACGUGGAUUGCCUUCCAUACGACACAAGCCUAUUUUCUGGUUCCAGUGGUUCCCCAGUUUUCGAUUUUGAUGGAAAGAUCGUCGCGAUGCACACGCAGGGAUACACACUGAGGACGGCAGAACAAACACGCUGUUCGCUGAUGGAGUUUGGUGUGCAAUUUAGUGCGGUAUGUAAAGAUAUAAAGCGAAAAUAUGAAGCAAAUGAAAGCAAAAUUAAUGUCGACGAACUUUUUCCCAAUUAUAACAUGAAUCAGCCGAUGGAUGUAGAAUAACUGUACUAUAUAUUAGGACCGGAAUUUGGUUCAGUCUGCUUUUUAGGACAAAUUAAAAUAAUCGCUUGUCAUAAAAUUAAGUAAGGUUUUCCCAGCGCCAGUGGCGUAUAAUUUAAUUUUUAUCAUGUAGAAACAGUCGUUUGAAAUAGUACUGAUAUUUUUAGGAUUGAACAAGGAAAUACUUUGCAAUUAGCCUUUCUCACGAUGACGAAUAUGCCGCCA